UCGCAGGUUUGCUUUUUAAUUCUCUCGGUUUCCUGUUCCGGAGGCGCUGGCGACGCUAAGGUCUAGGCAGCUGCAAUUUGAGUCUGGCUUUACUCUAACGGCGACCUCGCGGCCUGAGAGCCUUUUGCAGGACGCUCUGCCAGGGGCUGUGAAGGAUACAGAAAUGUUUGUGAAUCAACCCGUUUCAUCAAGGAGCUCAUAAUCUAGUGGAGGAGUUAGACAUGCGCACACGUGACUGUAAUAUGAGGCAGUCUCUGAGCUUAUAUUCUCUGUGGAAGAUGUGACAUACCCAGAUAAUACGUCACCAUGCAAGGCAGUACCUGUCAUAGAAUGUCAUUCCACCCAGGACGAGGGUGUCCCCGAGGGCGAGGAGGACAUGGAUCCAGACCCUCAGCACCAGCCUUCAGGCCCCAAAAUCUGAGACUGCUUCACCCUCAGCAGCCUCCUGUGCAAUACCAAUACGAACCUCCGAGCGCCCCUUCCACCACGUUCUCCAACGCCCCAGCUCCCAAUUUCCUGCCUCCACGACCGGACUUCGUGCCCUUCCCUCCACCCAUGCCUCCAUCAGCACAAGGCCCCCUUCCCCCCUGCCCGAUCCGGCCCCCCUUCCCCAGCCACCAGAUGAGGCCCCCCUUUCCCGUGCCUCCCUGUUUUCCUCCCAUGCCGCCUCCGAUGCCCUGUCCCAAUAACCCCCCAGUCCCUGGAGCACCUCCUGGACAGGGCACUUUCCCCUUCAUGAUGCCCCCUCCAUCCAUGCCCCACCCCCCACCUCCUCCCGUAGUGCCUCAGCAGGUCAAUUACCAGUACCCUCCGGGAUACUCGCACCACAGUUUCCCACCUCCCAAUUUUAAUAGCUUCCAGAACAACCUCAGUUCCUUCUCACCCAGUGCUAAUAAUAGCAGUAGCCCUCAUUUUAGGCACCUCCCUCCAUACCCACUCCCAAAGGCUCCCAGUGAGAGGAGGUCCCCAGAAAGGCUCAAGCACUAUGAUGAUCACAGACGCCGGGAUCACAGUCACGGGAGGGGCGAGAGGCAUCGUUCCCUGGAUCGGCGGGAGCGAGGCCGAAGUCCUGACAGGAGAAGGCAGGACAGCCGCUACAGAUCCGAUUAUGACCGGGGGAGGACACCGUCCCGCCACAGGAGCUAUGAGCGGAGCAGAGAGCGGGAACGGGAGAGACACAGGCACCGGGACAGCCGAAGAUCACCGUCUCUGGAAAGGUCCUACAAAAAAGAGUAUAAGAGAUCUGGAAGGAGUUAUGGUUUGCCGGGUGCUUCUGAACCUGCUGGAUGCACACCAGAAUUAUCUGGGGAGAUUAUUAAAAAUACAGAUUCUUGGGCCCCACCCCCGGAGACUGUGAAUCAUCGCUCCCCAAGUAGGGAGAAGAAGAGAGCUCGUUGGGAGGAAGAAAAAGACAGAUGGAGUGACAACCAGAGCUCCGGCAAAGAGAAGAAUGGUAGCUCAGUCAAGGAAAGAGAGCCGGAGGAGUCGCUGCCCGACAGAAAUGAGGAGGACGACGACGAGCUCCUUAAGCCUGUGUGGAUCCGAUGCACCCACUCAGAAAGCUACUACUCCAGUGACCCCAUGGAUCAGGUGGGAGAUUCUACGGUAGUUGGAACGAGUAGGCUCCGCGACUUAUAUGACAAAUUUGAGGAAGAGUUGGGGAGCAGGCAAGAGAAGGCCAAAGCUGCUAGACCCCCGUGGGAGCCUCCCAAGACGAAGCUAGAUGAAGAUUUAGAGAGUUCCAGUGAAUCCGAAUGUGAGUCCGAUGAGGACAGCACCUGUUCUAGCAGCUCAGACUCUGAAGUUUUCGACGUCAUUGCAGAAAUCAAACGCAAAAAGGCCCAUCCUGACCGACUUCACGAUGAACUUUGGUACAAUGACCCAGGCCAGAUGAAUGAUGGCCCACUCUGCAAAUGCAGCGCAAAAGCGAGACGCACGGGAAUCAGGCACAGCAUUUAUCCCGGAGAAGAGGCCAUCAAGCCCUGUCGUCCUAUGACCAACAAUGCUGGCAGACUUUUCCACUAUCGAAUUACAGUCUCACCUCCUACAAACUUUUUAACUGACAGGCCAACUGUUAUCGAAUAUGAUGAUCAUGAGUAUAUCUUUGAAGGAUUUUCUAUGUUUGCACACGCCCCCCUGACCAAUAUUCCACUGUGUAAAGUAAUUAGAUUCAACAUAGACUACACGAUUCAUUUCAUUGAGGAGAUGAUGCCUGAGAAUUUUUGUGUGAAAGGACUUGAACUCUUUUCAUUAUUCCUAUUCAGAGAUAUUUUGGAAUUGUAUGACUGGAAUCUUAAAGGUCCUUUGUUUGAAGACAGUCCUCCCUGCUGCCCAAGAUUUCAUUUCAUGCCACGUUUUGUAAGAUUUCUUCCAGACGGAGGAAAGGAAGUACUGUCCAUGCACCAGAUCCUCCUUUACUUAUUACGGUGUAGCAAAGCCCUGGUUCCCGAAGAGGAGAUUGCCAAUAUGCUUCAGUGGGAAGAACUUGAGUGGCAGAAAUAUGCGGAAGAAUGCAAAGGCAUGAUUGUCACCAACCCUGGGACGACCUGGCACCACAUUUCAUCCUCUGCAGUACUUGCUUUGGAAGAUUGCCCAGUGAAACCAAGCUCUGUCCGCAUCGAUCAACUGGAUCGUGAACAGUUCAACCCCGAUGUGAUUACUUUUCCUAUUAUUGUCCACUUUGGGAUACGCCCUGCACAGUUGAGUUAUGCUGGAGACCCACAGUACCAGAAACUGUGGAAGAGUUAUGUAAAACUUCGCCACCUCCUAGCAAAUAGCCCUAAAGUCAAACAAACUGACAAGCAGAAGCUGGCACAGAGGGAGGAAGCACUCCAAAAAAUACGACAGAAGAAUACCAUGAGGCGAGAAGUAACAGUGGAGCUGAGUAGCCAAGGAUUCUGGAAAACUGGCAUCCGUUCUGAUGUCUGUCAGCAUGCAAUGAUGCUCCCUGUUUUGACCCAUCAUAUUCGAUACCACCAGUGCCUAAUGCAUCUGGACAAGCUGAUAGGAUAUACUUUCCAAGAUCGUUGUCUGUUACAGCUGGCAAUGACCCACCCAAGUCAUCACUUAAAUUUUGGAAUGAAUCCUGAUCAUGCCAGGAACUCUUUGUCUAACUGUGGAAUUCGGCAACCCAAAUAUGGAGAUAGAAAAGUUCAUCACAUGCACAUGCGGAAAAAAGGAAUUAACACCUUAAUAAAUAUUAUGUCACGCCUUGGCCAAGAUGACCCAACUCCCUCAAGGAUUAAUCACAACGAACGGUUGGAGUUCCUGGGUGAUGCUGUUGUUGAAUUUCUGACCAGUGUCCAUUUGUACUAUUUGUUUCCUAGUCUAGAAGAGGGAGGAUUAGCAACCUAUCGGACUGCCAUCGUUCAGAACCAGCACCUUGCCAUGCUAGCAAAGAAACUUGAACUGGAUCGAUUUAUGCUUUAUGCUCAUGGACCUGACCUUUGUAGAGAAUCAGACCUUCGACAUGCCAUGGCUAAUUGUUUUGAAGCAUUAAUAGGAGCUGUUUACUUGGAGGGAAGCCUGGAGGAAGCCAAACAGUUAUUUGGACGCUUACUCUUUAAUGAUCCGGACUUGCGCGAAGUCUGGCUCAAUUAUCCUCUCCACCCACUCCAGCUUCAAGAGCCAAAUACUGAUCGACAACUUAUUGAGACUUCUCCAGUUCUGCAGAAACUUACUGAAUUUGAAGAUGCAAUUGGAGUAAUUUUUACCCAUGUUCGACUUUUGGCAAGAGCAUUCACAUUGAGAACUGUGGGAUUUAACCACCUGACCCUAGGCCACAAUCAGAGGAUGGAAUUCCUCGGUGACUCCAUAAUGCAGCUGGUAGCCACAGAGUACUUAUUCAUUCAUUUCCCAGAUCAUCAUGAAGGACACUUAACUCUGUUGCGAAGCUCUUUGGUGAAUAACAGAACUCAAGCCAAGGUAGCAGAGGAAUUGGGCAUGCAGGAAUAUGCCAUCACCAACGACAAGACCAAGAGGCCUGUGGCCCUUAGGACCAAGACCUUGGCCGACCUUUUGGAAUCAUUUAUUGCAGCUCUGUACAUUGAUAAGGAUUUGGAAUAUGUUCAUACUUUCAUGAAUGUUUGUUUCUUUCCACGAUUAAAAGAGUUCAUUUUGAAUCAGGAUUGGAAUGACCCCAAAUCCCAGCUUCAGCAGUGUUGCUUGACGCUUAGGACAGAAGGAAAAGAGCCAGACAUUCCUCUGUACAAGACUCUGCAGACAGUGGGGCCAUCCCAUGCUAGGACCUAUACCGUGGCUGUCUACUUCAAGGGAGAAAGAAUCGGCUGUGGGAAAGGCCCAAGUAUUCAGCAAGCAGAAAUGGGAGCAGCAAUGGAUGCACUUGAAAAAUAUAACUUUCCCCAGAUGGCCCAUCAGAAGCGGUUCAUUGAACGGAAAUACAGACAAGAGUUAAAAGAAAUGAGGUGGGAAAGAGAGCAUCAAGAGAAAGAGCCAGAUGAGACUGAAGACAUAAAGAAAUAAAGGAGAGCACGAAAGUGGUGGUGUAUUUACUUGCUUAAUAACUGUGACUGUUGCCGGUUGAGACCUAGCCUAGUUCUCCUGGAGACAGUUAUGAAUAAAGUGUGCCCACUGAAAUAAAACACAGUCAAAUCACUCUUGUUGUUUUACUGAUCUCAUAUUCAGUUUUUAGCUGGAGAGUCUUUAUUACAACGUAUUUGAUUUCUCUCCUAUUGAAUGGAAAACUUCACUUGGGUAAAUGUGCAUAUUCCCUAUGAUUUUGUUCUUUAAAUAGUAAAAUUUGAAACAUAUAUUCUAUGUGGAAUAGAUCCUGAUUUUUCUAUCUUUCUGAGAUUGUGACUCCAGACUUUUAGCUGACAGGCAAAAAAUUCACUUUACCAGAUUUUUGGGCUGUGCUCUGUAAACAUCAGUACUGUUUGAAAUCUCUGGAUUAUUCACUCGAUCUUUCAGCUUUCAUCUGGGUGUUUGUCAUGGUCUCAGCUGCAGACAUUGUGCUUACCGUCGCUAACUGGUGAAUCCUGUGUAGAAGGUAUCUCUGUAACACUUAACUGGCUAAUGGUGGGGUGCGGUGGGGGAAGACUGAUACUUGAGUCAUACGUAUUCCUUGAGUCACGAGAAUAGGGGAGAAAUCGUGAUUCCAAGCCAGAGGACGCUUUAAGCCAGGUGCUGUUACCCUGGGGUCAGUGGACCCUUUAGAAGUUUAUAAACAGACUUCAGGAAAGUCUCAGAAUAUCUUGAAAUUGUACUGGAUUUGGGGAGGUGGCGGGGAGCAGGGAGAGGGGGGCUCAUAGCUUCCAUCAGCUCACAGUGGUCCCGGUAAUAAAAGGGCUAACAUUGCAUUAAAAGACGUAACAUCUUUUUAAUGUUGUUUUAAACUGAACCUCACUGGUUUAUUAUUAAUAAAGACAAAACUUCUUUUUUAAAA